AGAGAGAGAGAGAGAGAGAGAGAGAGAGAGAUGGUUCUUCUUUCAAGAUGUGGUUCAACAGCGGCGGUGCGUGUAGGAGAUCAUGAAGAAAGUGUUAAGAAGAAGGAAGAGAAGAAACACAAGAACGAUACGAUUUGCUUUAGUAGUUGUAGUUGUAAAUCACUAACAGUAUGGAGGAAGUCAUUGUUAUUCACUUGUAAUGGAUUCACAGUGUUUGAUUCUGCCGGAAAUCUCGUCUAUCGGGUUGACAACUACAGAGGUGACCGGACAGACGAUAUCGUCCUCAUGGAUGCCUCUGGGAAACCCCUCCUCACGCUUCGUCGGAAGAAGAGGAGGUUUGUAGAUAACUGGUUAGUAUUCGAAGGAGAAGGAGAGGAAAGAGAUGGGAAGCAGAAUAAGAAACCGAUCUACUGGGUAAGGAAACAUGUAAAUUUGUUGCUACAGAGAAACCCAGAUGUAGUGGCUCAAGUGUUUCGUGGGUCUGAGACUCUGGAGAAAGGAAAUGCGGCAUUUGUGAUCCAAGGGUCGUACGAGAGAAGAUCAUGUCAAGUGGUUGAUGGGUUAUCAAGAGAAGUAGUUGCAGAGAUCAAGAGGAAGGAUGCGAGCAUUAGAGGGAUCUGUUUUGGGCUUGACGUUUUCCAUUUGAUCGUUGGAUCAGGUCUUGAUCCUACCUUUGCAAUGUCUUUGGUUUUACUUCUCGAUCAAAUGUUCACCUGAAUAUCUUUUUCAGUUACCAACUUACCAUCUA